CUUUUGCGGCCUUGUUUAAAGACGCGAGGAAGAGGGUAAGAAGUAUAAGCUAGAAGCUGAUCAUGCCUGAUACAGAAGAAAGCUCCUCAUCUGAGAACUCUGAAGGACCAAGCACCAGCCAUUGUUCUGAGGGAUUGCUGGAGAUUCGCUCAGCUGAAGCUGUGCCUGGUAACCAAGAUCCAAAGAUGAACGGUUCAGCCUCAAGUUCACGGCCAACUUCAAGGAAAAAAGUAAAAAUUCAGAAUUCAGCCAAACUCGUUCGGCGACCUGAAAAUCCAUCUGCUACUGAAACCUGUCGCGGCCCUUCUGCUGAAUCUUCAGUGAAAUCUAAGUUGCCCAAGCCUAAAAUUGACCUGAAAGCCCUCUUUGACUAUCACUUCAGAAGGAAACAGCAAAGGAACCGCAGAGGCCCGCGGACAGAAGUGGCCGCUGAACUCAAGAACCCAGAACCACGUGCAAAGAGACCACGGCUCGUGGUCUCAAGAGAAGAGCGAAGGAGGAGAUAUAGGGAGAGGCACUUUCAGUUUCCUUUUGUGCAGAAACUCUAUAGAAGGAAACACAUUCCCUUGAAAAUGGAGUGUUUGUUUGAGGAAGCUGCUUUAAGAGGAUUCUUCAAAUACAUUGAAAUGCUGAAAUACGAAGACCAUCUCAAGAAAGCUCUGAUGCAGCUGGAUGCUGCAGAUGAUCUAGAAAGAGAGUGUUUGGAGUCACGGAAGCACAAAUACUUGGAUGAUGACGGCCCUCUUUCUCCUAUUGAGGAGACCAAUGGAGAAGACCCAAGUGAGAACUGUGACACAGAAGACAUUGGCGCCAAGAUUGUGGAGAACAGCUGCUUCAUUUUAAGUAGCAAGAUUCCAAAGAAGAAGAAGAAAUCCAAGAUGAUGUCCAAAUCCUAAUUCGAAGAGUUAUAGACUGACUUUCUGUGUUGGAAUCUGCUUUGGGGAGAGAAGCAGGGUGGAAUUCUUAAAAAUGCUAGCAAGGAAGCUGGAAUGUUAUUCUUUGUACAAGUUCCAGAUUGUGCCAUUAAUAUCUUAUUCAGUUCCUCGAUUCCACAGUACUGCUAUGCAACUUGAACUGGUGGUGUCAAGUCUCUGAACCACACUGGAGCAGCAUUCCUCCAAGCACAUGAAAGGAUUCAACUGAAUACUCAUUGUUCUUGUACACCAGAAAGGGUGUGAACAAAUCAGUAGUACACUCUGGAUUCGCGUUAUCUCCUCCCCUCGGAUCUUCUCAAAUUCAGCUUGCGACUGCUGCUUUUUGAUCCUCGUUUUUUAUGGGAGAGGGCAUGUUUGAGUGCUCAACAUGGUGAAAUUAAAAGCACCAAGCUGUCUGUACGGAUGGCAGCCCAGCGUAGCCAUGAGCAGAUAGGGGUCCUGUCUCAUGACCCUUUUAUUUUUGUCUUCAAAUCUCAACUGAUGAUACAGUGCUCUGAGAAAGCUGGAAGAAACUUCUUGAAUUCAGACCAAACUUUGAUCAUCAAGCUCAUCUCUGGAGAUGCACAAAAUUGUCCUGAUUCGGGUCCUUAUUCCCCAGUACUUACUGAAGGAGGAUUCUUUCCAGACUUUGCUACACAGCAUGCAGCAGGUUCGCCUACUUUCAUUUAGGGUGAAGAUGGCAAAAAUGGGACUUGUCUGUCUGUAAAGGAGAGCAGUAUGCCUUGAAUGGAAAUAAAGAAGGCUGCUUGAAACCCAUGCUAUAUAGUACAGUGUGGCCUUGGACUUCAUCUAUUCCUUCUGGAAAAAAGAAUAUUGAAUUGGCUGAUAUGCAAGAUCAUUCCUUGGAACUAGGCCUUCCAAGUUGGUCCAGGGAGGAGGCUUCCAGGUGAAAUGGCUUUCCUCACCAACAACUUUGAGUGGAAGCAACGAAUGAAGGAAAUCCAGCUUGUUUGUGUGCCUCCUAGAUCGGAUGUAUGGUGCAAAUGAAACAAAACGAAAAUUAAUGUUAAGGCCUCGGUAUUUGUACAGCCCUGCGUGUUUCACUGAAAACUGUUAUCUCCAAAAGGGGUUCUGGCUGGAGAAGUCGUAUCCUCAGUUAUCCUGGUGGCUUAGCAACGUUUUCCAGAAUCGGUUGACCUCAUCACUGCCAGAAAAUCCACCAUGUUAUCUGUGGAGGAAUUUAUGGAAUGGCUCCAGCUGAGUAGAGAAAGGUUUCUAAUUUUCUAUGAAAAAGCUGAAAGAACUCUGAAUAGGCCCUGAUGUCGUUGCUAUGGUGCCAUCUCAGUUGCAGACACCUGAAGAAUAAACUGAACAUCUGAGAAUUCAACCAUGAAUGACUGACUGGUCUUCUAAAAGAACAUGGGCUGAUUUCUUGCAUCGUGAAAAAAUGCUGUGUUCUGAUGAGAUGUUCAGUAAACAACUGUGCUGAUAUAUCCUGCUUUCCUAAGCAUACAAAGUUUACUUAAGUAUCUCCCUUCCUGCAACCUCCAUUUGAGAUUAAAUUUUUAUUGAAAGUUGCGUCAGUGUUCACUGUUUGAAGAACUGAGCUUGACCCCACUGAAAAGAACUUUUUAACAAUAAUCUUGAACAGCCUUUUUCUGUUGGAAAGAACAAGGAAAUAGGAACCUGGGACAAUGAAAGUGCUACUUUAAAACUUUAUUUAUACCCUGCCUUUCUCCCCAGUGGGGUAACUAAAUCAGCUUGUCAUUUCCACUCUAGGAGGUAUGUUAGGCUAACAGUUGCCCAGCAAGCUCUUAAGGUAAAGGGGAUUUGAACUUUGGUCCCCCAGGACCUAGUCUGACACUCUUGAUCACUAUGCAGCAUUGCUUAUACAGGGGGUGGGGGGGGGGGAAUACUUGCAUCCUCAGUUCAAAUGCCUUUAAAAUUCACAGACACGUGUAAAGUAAACCAGAGAGAGCCUGUAUCACUACACACGUGUGAAUAGUGUUCACCUACCCAUUUUGGUUAAUGUGGGACAAAUGGCCAUAGAGCAGAGUGUAUUUCAAGGUAGGCCAGUUUCUGAAUACUACUUAGGGGGCCCCCCUGUGGAGCAUGUUGCAGUCAGUGAUCUGUUUUCGGUGUAAUCAGGUUAUGUAUCACAUUGGCCAAAUAUUCUGCCCAAAGGGCUGCAGCUGGCAAAAGGUGGUGCUGGCCACAGUCACCACCUGCUUAUCCAGCAGUAGGGCUGGGUCCAAGAGCCCACCUUCUCCCCCUGAACGGACGGCCUUUUCAACCCUGGCUCAGCCCUUCUGCUCACCAGGAACAGUCCCAUCAUCCUCUCCAAAAUUGCCCCUUAGCACUGGGUCAGGGUUUCUUCAGCAUCCCUUGGCUCAGCCGGAAGUGCAAGAGAGACCUCCUAGAAUGAGCAAAUGUUGGAGACAAAAUAUCUGGUCCCCCUACAGUUUGCUAACUGUAGAUAAAUAACCAAAUAAAAUGAAUUAACUCAUUAUUGACAGAGGGAAAAAGAAUUUUUUAAAAAUUUUCUCAGUCUAUAUAUUUGAUUACUUAAAUACUUGCGUACAGUAAUUAAGUUUUGCUUUGUUUUGAAGUAAUAUGAAUUUAAUAUGGAUAAUAGUAUACAAGUGUUUAGUUUCAUUUAUGCAGGAUCCUCAAAAAUAGAUGGAAGUAUAAUCUGUAUUGCAGUGGUCUAUCUGCUUGGAAUUGAGGAAGGGGUGUGAAAGGGGUGUUCAUAUAUUUUGUAGGUACUGCAAUGUAUUUCACAGCAUAUAUGUUAGGUUUUUUAAAAUAGCUUUCUGUAUAAGGUUCUAUGCACUAUCAACUGUUCUUUUCUAUUUCUUAAAUAAAAAUUUAAAAUAAUGAUCUACA